AUGCCAAAUCCCAAAAAAACCAUAGCCAUCGUCAAUGGAACGGGUCGCCAGGCAGCCUCAGUGAUCCGGGCCGUGUCCGCGGUCGGAUAUGCUGUGCGCGCUCAGGUCUACUCGACAGAAGGCCUGGUGGCGGAGGAGCUGGCCGAAUUGCCCAAUGUCACCUUGUUCGAAGGAGAGUUGCUGGACAACCCGGCGCUCAUAGACACCAUCUUUGAUGGCGCGCACAUUGCCUUCAUCAACACCAUCCAUCUUGCUGGCGAUGAGAUCAAGAUAGGAAAAGCACUAGCCAGCGCGGCCAAGAAGAAAAAUAUCCAGCAUUUCGUCUAUAGCAGCAUGCCCGACCACUCGAUACACAACCCCAAGUGGCCGGCUCUCCCUCUGUGGGCCUGCAAAUUCACCGUCGAGAACUAUAUCAGACAACUCGGACUGCCGGCGACGUUUGUCUACGCUGGGAUCUACAACAACAACUUCACCAGCCUGCCAUAUCCUCUAUUCUGCAUGGAGUUCAAGGACGACGGAACGCUCGAGUGGCGAGCCCCCUUCCAUCCCGACAUCAAGUUGCCCUGGGUCGAUGCGGAACAUGAUGUUGGCCCUGCGGUCCUCCAAAUCUUCAAGGAGGGCCCGACCAAAUGGAACGGAUCAAGGAUCGCCUUGGCCUUUGAAACCCUCACACCUCUGCAAGUAUGCGAGAUAUUUGGACGAGAACUGGAACGGCCGUGCAAAUAUGUCUUUGACCAGCACAUCGAAAUCAAGGUUCCUGUACCCGACGCCUAUCGACAGCAGCUGGCCGGCAUUGAGCUCCUUUUCGGCAUCUACAAUGCGCCCUACUAUCCCGGGUCAGACUUUGAAUACAGUUCUCGUCGGAAGGGCAGCAACGAGACCAUUACCGGGAGAUCCAGCCAUGAACCAUCAGGCAAGGGCAGGCCAGGGAAACUGACUGACGACGCAAGGAAACUCUGGCCUGGUUGGCGGUCCUUGAGCGAGUACGUUAGCACCGCAUUCAUCGUCGAAGAGGAGGCGAAUGGGAAGACAUGGAUGAUCGACAAGACUUUCAGCAGUUGA